AUGGAAGUCCUUUAUCUUCCGAGAACUACGAAUCGCUGUGUGUUUGCCGAGUACAAGUUGCAGCGCAGCCUGCUGGGUUACGAUGUCUCGGUCUUCAACUCCGCCCAAUCCGUGACACCUCCAUUUACAGAAUUCAGUGGCAAUUUGUGUGCGAGGAUUGUAGACCAGGACAAGGGACAGCUGGAAGUGGCCCCAUGUUUCCUGAUUCCGGCUUUUGCAGGUCCCUAUUGGGUCCUAGCUUACAACGAGGAGGAAGGCUACGCCCUGAUUUCCGGUGGACCCCCCAAAAUUGCCACAGAGUCUGCCUGCAGAACGGGCACGGGCAUCAACGACUCAG